GUUGUGAUGUGUGUGUGUUGUGUGUUUGCAGGGUGUGACAGAAGCAGGUCGCGGCCGGCAGGAUGACGAGUGUGCUGUGCAGGCGAGCGACGCGGAGUGUGAGGUCACUGAGGUUUUUCUCCGCCGCCGGAUCCUCAGGAUCAGAUGAGCCGUACAUCGCGGUUUCCUCUCGCGCUGCAGUAGGUCCCAGGACAGUGUGGCCUGACGAGACUAUGGGUCCUUUUGGGCCUCAGGAUAAACGCUUCCAGUUGCCGGGUAACGUGGGUUUUGACUGUCACCUGGGCGGGGCUUCUGAGGAGGAGGAAGGGGCGGGGCCGAGUCAGCGUGUGCUUCCUGACGUCCUCACGGCGCCAUCUAGUGGUGAAAGACACGAGUUCAUACUGGCACAGUUCAUCAAUGAGUACCAGACUAAAGAGACGCCGGCGUGGACUCAGAGGGUCGGCAGAGUGGAGGAAUAUUUUACUCACUGUGACGUGGAGUGCUCCAUACACUCCUGUCCUGAGCUGCUAAAACAAGAGUUAGAAUCGUUCUUCCCGGCGCUUCCUGUCAGCGGCAUCACCGUGGUGACGAUAAAACAGAAGAAAACCUCGACGGAGACACAAACGAACACGCAACAGCUGCUUGAUCACUUCAUCAACGGUGCCAGAGAGAUCUGUUUCCUGCUGUGGAGAGGAGGAUUCUGGGCGGACUUCAUCGACCCGUCGUCUGGGAGAGCCUAUUUCGGUGCGGGGUCACAUGACCCGGUCCUCCGUGCGGACGAGCGGCGUCACUCCGGGUUCCACAUCGAGGACGUGGCGUCCUGCAGACUCACCGUCCACGUCCUGAGCGACACACACGCCUUCUCAGGGACGCUGAUCACCAACGCGCCGGCCGGCAGUCUUAUAAUGCGGCGUCUCAGAGGCCACACGCCCCACUGACACACACACACACACACACACUCUCACCAUGUGAGGGAUGUUAAUGCUGCGGCAGAUCUCCUGCUGGUUUUAUUACUUGAGUUUAGGGACGAGUUCAGACCGUUAUUUAUUUCUGAGACACACCCGAGCCGAACCGCCACCUUUAACCUAAUCAUGCUUUAGAGAUGGUGUAACGAGGCGUUACGCUAACGCUAGCUGGAGUCAAUGAGUGAGUGCGGGUGAUGUACGACUUUAAACACACUCUCACACACACUUCUUUUAACUUGAACACAUGCACAGUUAGUGUGGAGUCAGAAAGGCCUUAUUUAUUUAUGAAGUGAUGAGAAACUGGAGACGACACACGGUGCUAAAGUCCUCAUGUUCUACUGAGAUGAUUUAAUAAAUAAAACUAUACAGUGAUUUUAAUAA